UACCUCACGUGAUCUACCUCACAUGACAAGAGGUGGGCGGUUGCAGUUAUUUCAGGAACCAGAAAGAGAGGCGACUUCAGGGAAGAGAGCUCCACGUUGUAACAGCGAUGGCGACCGCUAAGAAGCUCACAGAGUACCACCUCACCUGCGUCAUCUGUACAGAGGUGUUCACAAACCCUGCCACACUUCAGUGUCAUCAUACAUUCUGCAAGUCCUGUCUGCUGAAAUACACCAAGACACAGCCGGAAGCAGUACAAGCCAGGUCCAUCCCAUGUCCCUCCUGUAGACAACAGACGAAUGUGACCAACCCUGACAGUCCAGUGGAGGAGUGGGUCAGUCAGCUGAAACCAAGCCACGUCAUACAGGGGCUGAUGGACGACUUUGGACCCAGCACAAAGGCUGUGGAGGAAAACUUGUGCGGUGUUUGUACAAAACAAGGAAAGACAACUCCCGCCACUUCUUGGUGCUCUGUCUGCGAUGUUGUGUACUGUGAAGGAUGUCUCCAGUUGCACAACAUGAUGCCAGGGUUGUGUGACCAUGAAGUCGCUCACUUGUCUGAUCACACCAAGACAAAGGUCAAGCGUCGCUUCACGUGUCAAGUCCACAGAGACAAACGGAUAGAGUUGUUCUGUAAAGAUUGCAAGCGGGCAAUAUGCACGAAAUGCUGCAGUAUAAGACACAGGACAUGUAAGGAUGUUGAUACAAUUGAGAGUAUGACCCCUCUUGUGAAGGAACAACUGACAAACAAAAUAGAGCAACUCGGAAUCAACAUUGCAGCUGCGAAUAAUAUCCUAACCCGGAGAAAAUCUAAAAUUCAAGAUGUGAAGAGUAAUUCACAAACCCUUAAAGAUCAAGUCAUGAAGACACGGGAAACAGUGAUGUGUGCUAUUUUAAGAAAAGAGAAGCAACUCCUUGGUGACAUCGACAAAUCUACUGAUGAACAAUUACAUGAGUUACAAGCAGAUAUAAAAUCCCAGGAGAUCGAGCUACAGAUGUACCAGCAGCAGUAUAAGUUCACAGCCAAUGCUGUGACGUCCAACUGUGAGAUGGACAUGUAUGCCGUCUAUGAGUCGAUGGGUGAGACGUCUACCGACAACAGAGACACGAACAACAGGCCAGCAGCAGGAUUGGUUGUAUUCACACACGACCUGGACAAGCUGAGUAAAGCAGUUGUUGAGCUACAGCUGGGGGAGGUUCAAGUCGUCCAUGAUGUGAGUGACCCAAGGUCUUCCCCUGUUCUACAUCACACCAUUGACUGCGAGGAAGAUGGGGACGGGAAGGAUCCUUGGUUGUGGGACGUCACAGUGUUGACUGUUGAUGACAUCAAAGUGGUGGUAGUUGCAGAUUAUAAUAACAAGAGACUAAAAACAUAUUACAAAUCAAACUUCAAAUCCUUUCAUAAUGAGCUCUUGCUUUCUAAUUAUCCUUGGCAAAUAGCCAAGUUAUGUGAGAUUCAGAUAGCUGUCAGUGUUCCAAGCAGAAUGGAAAUAGUUACAGUGAAUGUUACCCCAGAUCCUGUAUUACUGUCAACUAUCAAAACCAGCAAGCAGUACUACGCUCUCGCUGCUCUGAGUCCUUCACAGCUGGCGGCAGGUGGAUAUGAACAGUCUCACUGUGUGGACAUACUGGACAUGGCAGGGAGGAUACUGAGGUCUAUCAACACGGGGGUGAUAGGGAAUCCAGACCACAUCCACGUCACCAGGAACAACAACUUGAUAGUCAGUGAAAGAGGAGUAAAAUCCCUUGUAUCUGUGACCAGUGAAGGAGCCGCUGUUUUCACCUACACUCCCACAGGAGACAGAGCUCUGACAUAUCCUUGGGGUAUCACAACAACCAGCACAGGAGAUAUCCUGCUUGUAGACUAUGACUCCCACAAGGUGAUUCAGCUGACACAAUCGGGGCAGUUUGUCAAAGAUGUCCUCACACGCCAGGAUGGUCUGGAACAUCCUGUUGGUGUCUGUCUUGAUGGUGACGGUCUGCUGUGUGUUACGUCUGCAAGAUAUGUAAAUGUAUUUAAAUUCUGCGCCGCUGAAUUUUAAAAUAGAGAUAAUUUUUAUCUCCAUGCACAGUUGAAGAUAUACAAAAUUGACAACCGACAAUGUCCAGAUCGGCUCUUGUAAACGUAUUUCACCAUGGCAGUGAUUAAACAGAGGACGAUCUUUCACGUGUAGAAAUCUGACCUGAUUUGUAAAGGACAUUUGUUAAAGGAACGCAUAGUGACAGGGUUCGUUCCGAUUAUGUUUCUAGGUUUGUCAGCACCAUACCCUUGCUCCUUGGCUUCAUCAAUAAGGGGAUACCGUCUGAGACCUGCAUCACUUCGGCUUUCCUUCCACAUUAAGCUGACACGCCGUGAUAUAACUGGAAUACUGUUCAAAGCAGCGUAAAACCCAACUCACUCACUCACAGUGACAGAACUAAAUGAGAAAUCUGCUCACGUAGUUAGGUAUGGUGCAAGCCUUUAGAUUAUCAGUUAAACAACCGAGCUCGUCAAGGCUUCUACGUGUGCUGAACAAAUAUAUAACACAACGAGCGUUCAGCUAUUUGUGGAGGCUAUAACAGUGAAUGGAUGCUUUGAGAAUUGGUUAACUUGUGUCCUCAUUGGUAUCAGUUAUUUGUACUGAUGUAUAGUAUUUCUGAUUGAUUGAAGUAACAGUAAAUAUCCCUAUAACAUUAAACAACUCUAUCUGGAUACAAAAAAGGAUAUAAUAAAUGUUUUGACGUUUGAAUAGUUUAAAUGAGGAAGAUGUCUUUUUGUGAUCUUGUCCGCUUCCAGAAACACCAGACGGAGAUUUGAACUCUGACAACAAGUCUAACACACGUCCUUGUGUUGCAUUUCAAACUUUCACUAGUUCAUUAAUACGAGGGCUGACUGUAAAGUUCAAAGCCUAAGUGGGAUAUCUCAAUCGGAUUGAAACAAACUUUUGCCACCAACAAGUACAAUCAUGUAAUGAAUCAUAGACGUAAGAUCUGCAACUGUAGUGUUAUUAUUGUCUUUGUACCAGACCAUCUUGUGAACCUACACAUUGAAAUCACCAGCAAUGGACAAAACUGGCUAUAUGGCAGUCAUCGAGUACCUGCAACUGAAAGGGCUAAAUCCAACACAGAUACAUGCUGACAUGGUCUCCACUUUAGGGGAUGAUGCCCCUCCUUUUUCCACUGUAAAGAAGUGGGCUGCAGAAUUCAAACGUGGCAGAGAGAACCUUGACGAUGACCCGCGUCCAGGAAGGCCUUCAACAGCAACCAUUCCAGAAAACAUUACCCAGGUACAUCACAUUGUGAUGGCUGAUCGACGAUUGACCACUCGACAUAUUGCCAGUGUUGUGGGCAUCUCUCAUGAGAGGGUUGAGCACAUUAUCACCAACGAGUUGGGAAUGACAAAAGUUUCUGCAAGAUGGGUGCCAAACCUCUUGACAGCGGAUCAGACACGUGUCAGAUUGCUGACGUCCCGUGACAAUUUAUGCCGUUUUGAAGCAGAUCCCGAUGAUUUUUUGGUCCGAUUUGUAACCAUGGAUGAGACCUGGAUUCAUCAUUUUCAACCAGAAACCAAAAUUCAGUCUAAAUAAUGGAAGCAUCCGGAAUCACCAGCCCCCCAAAAAAGCCAAGUCUGUUCCUUCCGUUGGCUUCAGUCUCUUUGGGAUUCCAGGAGUAUUCUGCUGAUUCUUCUUGAAAAAGGCCAGCCUAUCAAUGGAAGUGUUAUGCUGUUCUAUGGAGACAGUUGCGUGAAGCUAUCAAAGCCAAGCGACGGGAAAUGCUCACUAAAGGAGUCCUGUUCCACCAAGACAAUGCUCCUGUUCACAAAUCGGUAUAUAAGCGUGUCAGAUUGCUGACGUCCCGUGACAAUUUAUGCCGUUUUGAAGCAGAAUCCGAUGAGUUUUUGGUCCG